CAGAAGUGACUUCCAUCUUUUUUCAUGCAAAAUGAAGCACUUUAGCAUAUUUAUGGGCUGAGAUAUAUCCAAACGUGUACAACGUGCUACAUGGAUCUUGCUUUCAGUCAUCAAGCGAAGGAACAAAUAGCUUCUGACAUGUGAAGAAAAUUGAAUAUUCAAGAGCUCUGUGCAUUUAAACACAUAGACUAAAAUCACAGUGUCAACUUGGGAGGAGAUGGAGAAGCAUAUGAGUUAGUUUCCUUGUUAAGGUCAAUGCUCGUAUCUGUGUGAAAUCAACCAAAAAACUAUUUAAAUUGUUGUUACUGCUAUCAUAUAAAUGACAUUCAUAAGAAUAAAAUUGUUGGCCAUAUCAGCCGGAAAGCAUUAGUUGAUGUCAGAUCCAGAUCUCGGAAAAUGGAGAAUCUGGAUGAGCUAGAACAUCCAUUGUUGGGUGACAGCAGCCCCAAAAACUCAAGUGGAACAGGCACCAGUGGUAGUGGACUGUUCAAAAGCAUGUUGAUGAGAAAUGAGGACAAAAGACUGCCCCCUCUGGACUGGAGGAGUUAUUGCAGUUCUACAGACAUUCAACAGCAGCAGCUACUGGAUCCAUGUUCAUUGCCUAGCACUCUAGAGACUUUUUAUCCUCCCACUACCAUUUGGGCCGCUGCUGACUCCCUGGGCAUCCACAGUAAGGAGUAUCUGGAAACCACUUUUGUGGACAUUGGCCCUGGUUCACCAUUGGAAAGGAAGUUACUGGCAGAGACAAGAGAUGUCCAUAGUGUAUCCUACAGCAUAGAAGAUGGGGAUGAUCUUUUGCCAGACUUUGAGGACUCCUCCAGUGAUGACUUCAGUGAUACAGACAGUGAAAGCAACUUUCCCAUCAUGAUCCCUCAAGAUCACCUGGGCCUGGCUUUCUUCUCCAUGCUCUGUUGUUUCUGGCCUCUGGGCAUUGCUGCAUUCUAUCUUUCCCAAAAGGUAAGGGACAAAAUGUAUUUGUCAUUAUCUUGCGCUCUCUCUUUUAUUUUAAGUAUCUUAUAA